UGGUCGCAGCAGACCAGGAGACUUCGGCUCCGCUCGGAGAAGCAGCACCGGCCUGUAUGGUGGAGAACCGUUUAUCAUUUUUACCUUUUUCUGGGGACCGGCUGUAUGAUUAAGCUACAAUCUUCAAUGAGUAAGCAUAUCCCACAGUUCUGUGGUGUUCUGGGUCACACAUUUAUGGAGUUUCUGAAGGGCAGUGGGGACUACUGCCAGGCUCAGCACGCUGCCUAUGCAGACGAGUGAACAGCCAAACUCGCCAUCGAUCCGACGCACUUGAGCCACAGGAGGGACCCCGGAAAGUUGGCAGGACCGGGACACCUCCCAGAACCAGCGACAACUCGGCCUGGAUGGGGUAACUCCACCCGCUGCACACUGCCCUCGUCGGCUUCCGCCUGGCCUGAAUCAAGGUGGAACCAGCCUUGUUUUUUUUCUUCCUUUUCUUUUGUUUUAUUCCAAAGGAGAGGGUUUUGAGUUGUUUCUCUGAUUGUCCGCCCCCUUUUCGGCCACCAACUCCCCAAAUUUCUCCAUUUGCCUGUCGGAGCCUUCGUUUUUGUUUAGCCUCGCCGACCUCGAAGGAAGACCGGACGGUUUCUGUUUCUGGGUUUCUAGAAGCUCGCUGGACGUUUUUGUUUGACAUUCCCUCCGAAUUUAACUAAGUGUUUACAUCCGUGUUUUUACUCUGUGGAAGACUUUUGGGUUUUGUUAUUCUUUUUACGUUGUCACAAUGGCUCGUAUGAACAGACCAGCCCCUGUGGAGAUCACCUACAAAAACAUGAGGUUCCUCAUCACUCACAAUCCCACCAACGCCACCCUGAACAAGUUCAUUGAGGAGCUGAAGAAAUAUGGCGUGACCACCGUCGUGAGAGUUUGUGAGGCCACCUAUGAUGCCACCCUGGUGGUGAAAGAAGGAAUCCAAGUUCUGGAUUGGCCGUUUGAUGAUGGAGCUCCUCCCUCCAACCAGAUUGUGGAUGAUUGGCUGAACCUGCUGAAGCUCAAGUUUAGGGAGGAGCCUGGCUGCUGCAUCGCUGUCCACUGUGUGGCAGGGCUGGGGAGAGCUCCUGUUCUGGUCGCGCUCGCUUUGAUUGAAUGUGGGAUGAAAUAUGAAGAUGCUGUCCAGUUCAUUCGACAGAAGCGUCGAGGAGCGUUCAACAGCAAACAGCUGUUCUACCUGGAGAAAUAUCGUCCAAAGAUGCGCCUGCGCUUCAAAGAUUCCAACGGCCAUCGCAAUAACUGCUGCAUCCAGUAGAGCCAAACCCUGAGCCACACACAUACACACAAGACAGAAGAGUUCAGUUCAACCUCCCUGGCAGGCUUGUUUUCUUAGUCAUUGUGUUGAAGUAUUUUACUUUGAAAUAAAUCAUGCUCGGUAAUUCAACUUUCCCCUUCCUGCUCCAGGUUCAAAAUCAAGUAAAAAAAAAAAGAAAGAAAGAAAGAAAAAAAGGAAAAAGGAUUGUGUGAACCAGAUUCACCAUGUUUUCUC